GAGAGGGGGCGGGGCCUUACCUCUCAUAAAACAAUAGGUCGUCGUAAAUGCCAUACCUACAGUGCUAUACCUGCAAGGGCGCUUACACGGACCAACACCAUGUGGAUUAAUACACUGAUACUUCUUGUCGCGCUCUGCUUGGUCUGUGUCUUAUGUCAAUCGACGCCCACGUGUGACCCUCCUUGCAAGGCCGGGACAGAAACAUGUGUAAUGUUAUCAAGGUGUACAGGGAAACAGUGCAAUAUGUGUGCUGAAUCAUCAAGCAUUCAGGUCAAUAAAGCCGCCAGUGUACAAAUCCCUGGAAUGGGACAACUGCAAAAGCAACAGCUACAAAUGUUGCUCCAAGCAAAAAUGCUGCAACAACAGAACCAGGACCCAACCAACAUAGCAACAGAUGCCACGCUGAUUGACCCCGUGACCCCUCCCCCUAACGACUGGUCCACAAUUUUUGGAGGGAACACAGCUAACACAGCUAACACAGGAGCAGCCGCGGGUUCAAACUCCUUCUCUAUGAACGAUUACUUUUUAUCUGGAUACCUAUUUGACGGCUUCGGUAUGGGACUAAUGGCAUGAAACAAAAUGGCCGUCACAUGAACAACAUGGCACAUAUUUAAAAUUAUAAACACUGCUCUCAUUCUCAUCCCUUUUUUGUUAUAUAUAGCUUUGUUUACAAGUUAAUAAAUAUUAUAAGACAAUU